AUUAUUGUUAUCUAGGCUGGUUGGCUCUCAGUCAUCCUCUGCCUACGAGACUGUCCGGCCCGUGUCUGCGUUGUGUUGAGCUGUUGACUCCUUACUAUCAGCAUCAACACCACCGCCACUAGGACCAGCAUCAACGUUUCCCAGGAUGUCGAACCGCGCUCCUCCAGGAGUACCCUUGAGGUGGAAUGACGUCCCGCUGCCUCCUACUCGCAUCUCCUCCAUCGAAAAGCCCAACAAGAACCUGAAGCCGCUCCCCAAGACGCCGGAGCCAGACCGUAGGAAGCUGUCUAGUCUGGUGAAGCGACGGCGAAACAAGACAGUGCCCAAUAUUUCCCUCCCAACCCACGUGACUCAUGUCGUCCACGUGUUCUUUAAUGAAAAGACCAAGUGCCUCGAGGGUCUGCCGGAAGCUAUGAAGGCGAUCCUGGCCACGUCGAACAUCACGGUGGAGGAGCAGCAGAAGAACCCCAGCGCCGUGUACCAGGCCAUCAAGUACUUCCAGUCACAGGAAACGGUGGUCAAGGACAAGUACAUGACACACGGCAGUGAUACAGACAGAGAUUACGAUGAAUUGCCUCCUCCCCGACCCGUGACGAGAUUCCAGGGCAAUGAUUAUGAUGAACUGCCUCCGCCUCGUCCGGUUGAGAAUCUGCCCACUAUUAGGGAAUCGAGAGAGUCACGCGAGCUGAGGCAGAGCCCCGCCUUGACGGAGACAGGUGCCCCGCCCAUCGCUUCCCGCCCAGAGAGAACCAAGUCAGUCUACACUAAGCCCGUGGAUGAGGUGGACGGCGGCCUCCUGCCCACCCGAAGACCUCGCAGCGGCAGUGAUGGGCAGAUCGCGCCGCUGAGGGAGAAGAAGCCAGACAAGGCGGCGAACCAGCGGGAAGACAUACUAAGAAAGCUACGGGCGGUAGUCAGCGUGGGUAAUCCGACUAAGAAGUACAAACGCGAAACCAAAAUUGGACAAGGGGCGUCUGGGGAGGUGUACACGGCGCAGAACUUGAAGACAGGGGAGGUGGUGGCAAUAAAGAUGAUGACGCUAAGCAAACAGCCGCGUCCUGAACUUAUCUUGAACGAAAUCCUGGUGAUGGAGAACAGCAAGCAUGCCAACAUUGUCAACUACCUCGACUCUUACUUGGUGAAAGAGCAGCUCUGGGUGGUGAUGGAGUACCUGGAAGGGGGGUCGCUAACAGACGUGGUGGUGGAAACUGUUAUGGAGGAGAAACAUAUUGCCACUCUAUGCAGGGAGGUGCUCCAGGCCCUUGAGUUCCUGCACCGAGGCAACAUUAUUCACCGGGACAUCAAGUCAGACAACGUACUGCUUGGGAUGAACGGGGAUAUUAAGAUCACGGACUUCGGUUUCUGCGCCCAGUUGUCUCCAGAGCGCAGCAAACGGUCUACCAUGGUGGGGACGCCUUAUUGGAUGGCGCCCGAGGUGGUGACGAGGCAGAUGUACGGAGCUAAAGUGGAUGUGUGGUCUCUUGGCAUCAUGGCUCUGGAAAUGCUGGAUGGAGAGCCGCCUUACAUGAACGAGGACCCGGUUCGCGCCAUCUACCACAUCUCCACGAACGGCAAGCCAGAGAUCAAGAAGAGGGACUUACUUUCCCCAGACUUCGAAAACUUCCUGGAUCAGUGUCUUCAAGUGGACGAGAGCAAGCGACCCUCUGCCUCCCAGCUCCUCAAGCACCCAUUCCUGAUGUGCGCAGCGCCUCUUGUUUCCCUGCGCGUCCUCAUCGAAGCUGCGCGCGGAAGUAUCGCCAAGAAAAAUACAUGGAACCGUGAAGCGAAAAAUUUGUUGUAUACGAAUGUGUUAAAAUUUUGAGCCUCUAGCGGAAUGUGUGGAGCUAGGGAGGGAUGAGAGGGAGAUGGGGAUAAAGGGUUAGUAGGUGGUACAGGCAUGUGUGUGUGUGUGUGUGUGUGUGUGUGUGUGUGUGUGUGUGUGUGUGUGUGUGUGUGGGUGUGUGUGUGUUCUUAUCUUCGUUCAUAAGCAUGUUGUAAUCUUAAUCUCAUUUUUCUUUCUUUUAACACUUUGAGAAAGCUGAAAAUAAGUUAAUGGCGUUAGUAUGUUGUCUUUUUUUCAUGUGUGUGUGUGUGUGUGUGUGUGUGUGUGUGUGUGUGUGUGUGUGUGUGUGUGUGUGUGUGUGUGACCUUUCCUGUGAUAUGAUGAGUACGGAGAGGCGCUGUUUUCCGUAGCAGUCUGUAUCAAAACCGCUCUGCUCUUUCACCAUCACUACUAUUUUCAAAGGCCACAAACGAUUAGCCGGUUUCUCAAGACUGUUUCUCCUAUAGAUAAUGUAGAAAUCUUGUUAAUCUGUCAGUAGAAUCUUAAAAGAAGUAUCUUUGAAAGUCAUUGCAGCUUGUACUAGAGUGUUUUGAAAGUAAUGGAGAUGAGCAGAGAAGUGUUUGAGAAUACAGAUGUUGUGGUUCAGGAUAACUUGUCCCUUCCACCCCCCGACACAUCUUCAGUCUUCGCAGUUUCCAGGAAAUUAAUUGUUUGCGUGGUUAUACAAAAAAUAUAUUAAUUUCCAUUUUUAUUUAUUUAUUUUCCGUGAUAGGUGAUUAAGUCCUAUACCUGAUAAGGAUCAAGUUAAAGCUCGUUUUUUAUUUUAUUUUGUCACAUGAAAGUUUUGAUUUUAAUGGUGUUCCAGUAUCCACAGUAUUGUAGAAGGAAUAUAUGCAAUAACCUAACCUAUAUAUUUAUAACUUACCCAGAAGUUAACUUAACCGGACCUGACUUCACUUGACUAACUUAAUCAGACCUGACUUAACCUAUAGCAUAACUUAACUUAACAUGGCAUCCAAACCUAACUCAACAUGAAAAACAUCUCUCGUGUGUCAUGCAGAUAAUCUGGAUAUGCGAUGCCCUGAGGAGGUGUACUGUAAGUGGUUAUGACCAUUCCCCUGCUUAGGAGGUGACAAAGGGCCUGGUUAAAUGAAAAGGAAGGAAGAAAGGAAGGAAGGAUGGAAGAAGUCAUGUGUUAAUAAGAAUGAGUGUAUAUUUAUGUAUAUAACUCAAACUUGUAAUUCGUGAUGAUGUUCGCGCAAUUGACAAAAAGAAACCAGUAUGUUGACGCACUGUAAAGAUUUAAUAGUCAGUUUGAUAAAAUAAUGAAAUGAUAAAUAUACGUAUAGAUGCAUACACGAGGCGAGUGAUGUGUGUGUGUGUGUGUGUGUGUGUGUGUGUGUGUGUGUGUGUGUGUGUGUGUGUGUGUGUGUGUGUGUGUGUGCGCGCGCGCGUGCGUAUGCGUGACUUGUCUGUGGCGAUAAUACCCAAAAUCACGUUGAGACAGGUGCAGACAUACAGGUAUACAUUCAUACAGGUACAGUUAGACAGGGACAGUUAAAUAUUUAGGCACAGUUAGAGGUGCAGUCAUAUAGGUAACAGUCAGACAGGUUACAGUCAUACAAGUACAGGCACAGAUACAGACAAACAUCAUUUAUAAUCAAUACAGGUAAAAAUGGACGAACAAUAAAUUACAUGAAGCAAACUUUUCCCCUCGCACUCAAAAUUUGGAGGAAAUGAUAAUGUCUAUAAAUUUCUGAAUAAAUCCUCUACUUUCUAUGAGGUUAUUGGUAUGUUUGAUUAUAAGAGUCUUUAGCGCGCUGGCGCCUCGCCGCAACGCCCGUCCCCGUCUCUGUGAUGACUCCAGAGACGCAGCGACGGUGACGUGUGGGUGUGAAUGGCAAUGGUUGAGUAUUGGUGUAUUUUUUUCGUGAUUGAUCGGCGACACAGGCUUAUAGUGCUGCCGUGUUAUGUCGCUAAGCUUCCUCGUAUUUGAGAUUAUGGAAUGUGAAAGCAGAAGAGAUAAAUAAAUAUUCUACAUUCUGAU